AUGGCGGACAGAGACAGUGGCAGCGAGCAGGGCGGCGGGGGCGCGCCGGGCGCCGGGGGGUCGGGCUCCGGCGGCGGGGGGCCGGGGGGCGGCCUGCAGCACGAGACCCAGGAGCUGGCCUCCAAGCGGGUGGACAUCCAGAACAAGCGCUUCUACCUGGACGUGAAGCAGAAUGCCAAGGGCCGCUUCCUCAAGAUCGCCGAGGUGGGCGCGGGCGGCAACAAGAGCCGCCUCACGCUCUCCAUGUCGGUGGCCGUGGAGUUCCGCGACUACCUGGGCGACUUCAUCGAGCACUACGCGCAGCUGGGCCCCAGCCAGCCGCCCGAGCUGGCGCAGGCCGCCGACGAGCCGCGCCGGGCGCUGAAGAGCGAGUUUCUGGUGCGGGAGAACCGCAAGUACUACAUGGAUCUGAAGGAGAACCAGCGCGGCCGCUUCCUCCGCAUCCGCCAGACCGUCAACCGGGGGCCCGGCCUGGGCUCCACGCAGGGCCAGACCAUCGCGCUGCCGGCGCAGGGGCUCAUCGAGUUCCGCGACGCCCUGGCCAAGCUCAUCGACGACUACGGCGUGGAGGAGGAGCCGGCCGAGCUGCCCGAGGGCACCUCCUUGACUGUAGACAACAAGCGCUUCUUCUUCGACGUGGGCUCCAACAAGUACGGCGUGUUCAUGCGGGUGAGCGAGGUGAAGCCCACCUACCGCAACUCCAUCACCGUCCCCUACAAGGUGUGGGCCAAAUUCGGCCACACCUUCUGCAAGUACUCGGAGGAGAUGAAGAAGAUCCAGGAGAAGCAGCGGGACAAGCGGGCCGCCGCCGCCGCCUCCGGGCCCGAGCCGCAGGCGGAGACGGAGAGCAGCGCCGCCGCCGCCGGGGCCCCCGGAGCCCUGCUGCAGGCCGACGAGCCGGAGGAGGAUUGAUCCCGACUUGGCUCCUGGCUGCCUCCCUGCCUGCUGCACAGAGACACACACACAGACACACACAUACACACACAGACAGAGACUUAUACUGUAAUAAAGAGAACCCCAGACACAGAACCA